AUGUUCGAAGCACCGAGCCAACUCACCUGGCUCUUCAUCUCCUUCAGCCUCAUCGGACUCUCCACCUGCUAUUCGCGCUCAUUCGAGAAAAUGAAGCACCAGCUUCUUCACUGCCUCUUAGCUACCAGCCUCAUCGUGCGAUUUUUAGCCAUAUUCUCAGGUAUGCUGCAUUUGAAGCUGCGAUCCCUAGACUGGAUUAUUCCCUGGCUUGCAAUAUCACCUUUGAACAUCCUCGUCCUUACAGAUUUCAUUGACCUCCGUGCUUGGGAAUGUACGUCUUUGGGAACAUUCCUCAACAAUGUUUGGGAAGGCGUGUCUGGUGAUCCCGCAGCAACCGACCGCAACCAUAUCGUCAAGCCUCGAUUCGACUGGACGAUGAUCUGGAAUACGACAGAAUUGGUAGCAACCCAGGACGCGAUCAUUCGACUAGCCUACUACCACCUCUUCGAGAACGCGGUACGCGUCCUGUGCCUCCGAUACUAUCACCCACACAAUGAAGGCGCGCCAUACACUACGUAUAUCAACAACUCGGAGAUCUUGACCGGGUUACUGGCGCUCCAGGUGGCGGCUUGGACAUACUGCAAGAUGCGUGAGAACGCCAAAAUCCUGAGAGACGUUGAGAAGGGAGCUGCCCUGCAGAUGGGUCCAAUCGUUGCAGAUCGUCUUUAG